GAACCCGGAUGCUGAUGCUGCUCGUGUCGGAUGGGGAGAAGGAAUACAGGGAGAGUGAACGCUAGAAACCAGAGAAAGGCCCCACUGGCAGAGGGACUGCUAUCCUUGCGGUCACAAGGCAACCGAAGCGAACGGAUUAAAGUCAGGCGGUUUCACGCGAGUGUAACGCAAACUCGAAAGAAUGACUCCACGCGCGGUAGCCGAGGCGACGGGAGGAGAGCGCGAGAAGAUGCUGUGAUGUGCACAUAGCCAGCGCGAGCGUGCGGGAGGGGGAGAGGAGGCUCCUACGCUAGUUAGAAGAUGCUUGUAUUUUGACCAGCAAUGUGUUCCGUACGGAUAAAGCAAGCGAUUUCUGCGCAAACACUGUAGCUUACAAAAGCGCAAUGUACACUUGGCACGCGCCCGGUGGAUUAAUUGGCGGAUUCAUGUGACGGAAGACACCGAGGCUUUCUUUCGCGAAAGGGUGGCUGUUUUCUCCCGUACAAUUCUCCCAUAUUUCCGGAUGUGAGGCCUGGAAGAUACCAGUAGUUUAUAACAGGCACGUCGGGACGCUCAUCCUUUACAUCCAAUUUAUUAAAAUAAAACGAAACACUGAAGAGUCAGUGACUCACUUAAUCUUAGACAGAAUAAUACGUAUAAAUUGUCACAAACCGGAUGUGCGGUUGUUUCUCAGAAUAGAUGUGGCCAAGUUUUUAAUACAUAUGUCACUUGCAGUUUGGCAACAACGGGAGUCUACAUGAAUAUAGUUUGAAAGAAAAGAUACCGGCGAAAACAAACUAGUGACUGAACCAGGCUGCCUAUUAUUCCUGUUAUCUUUACCCGUCUUCUAUAUUCACAAUCGUUUUGGUGUCAUUCACAGCUAUUAUCUGAUGUAGUCAUAUAGCCUAGUAGCCUAUCGGCCCAGAUUUAAUCGUGUCCCCUCAUCAUUCAUCCAACAGCAGCCACAGGCCGUUUAAAUCGCAAUAACAGCUGAAGUUUGGCGUAUAGGCUCGGCUGGACAAGCAACUCUUGUUUAUUUUUGAUAUUUUCGAACGGAAAAUGUUACCGAUCCAUUUCCACGAACUUUAAGGAGACGGCAGAUGUUUGGGAGUAGGCCACGGCACUGACAGCACGCCUCAGCAUCCCUGUGUCAUCGCUCACCGUCUGUGAUGUCUGUACGGCGGAGCUAUUACGUGAGCAGGACAGGCACCGGUGGAUACAUUGUGAAAAUACACUGAUUUACCCGCUUAUAUUGUGACACAAAAACUCUGUCGAACGAAAUGUCCAGUAAGGAGUUGUCGGGGAGUCAGGCAGCUCAGUAUGUCGGGCCCUACCGACUGGAAAAGACGCUGGGGAAGGGCCAGACAGGUCUGGUGAAGUUAGGAAUUCAUUGUAUCACAGGACAGAAGGUGGCCAUAAAGAUAGUUAACCGAGAAAAGCUAUCAGAGUCUGUUCUUAUGAAAGUGGAGAGAGAGAUAGCUAUUCUUAAACUAAUAGAGCACCCUCAUGUCCUAAAACUGUAUGAUGUGUACGAGAAUAACAAAUAUCUGUAUCUAGUGCUGGAACAUGUAUCUGGUGGGGAGCUAUUUGACUACCUGGUAAAGAAAGGCAGAUUGACGCCAAAAGAGGCUCGAAAGUUCUUCAGACAAAUCAUAUCUGCUCUGGACUUCUGUCACAGUCACUCUAUAUGCCACAGAGAUCUUAAGCCUGAAAACCUCCUGCUUGAUGAGAAGAAUAAUAUCAGGAUUGCUGACUUUGGCAUGGCCUCCCUACAGGUUGGGGACAGUCUGCUGGAGACCAGCUGUGGAUCACCCCAUUAUGCAUGUCCUGAGGUCAUCAGGGGAGAGAAAUACGAUGGACGUCGGGCAGAUGUAUGGAGCUGUGGGGUUAUUCUCUUUGCUCUGCUGGUGGGAGCGUUGCCCUUUGACCAUGAUAACCUGCGUCAGCUGUUGGAGAAGGUGAAGAGUGGGGUAUUUCACAUGCCUCACUUCAUUCCUCCAGACUGCCAGGCUCUCCUCCGUGGCAUGAUUGAGGUUAACCCUGAGAAACGCUUCACGUUGGAAGAAAUACAAAAGCACCCCUGGUAUCAAGGGGGCAGAAACGAGCCGUGUCCAGAGCAGCCACCCCCGAGGCGUGUGUGUGUGAAGAGGAUUCUGUCUCUUACAGAUCUGGACCCUGAUGUUCUGGAGAGCAUGCACUCCUUGGGCUGCUUCAGAGACCGUGUCAAGCUCACCAGAGACCUGCAGUGUGAAGAAGAAAACCAGGAGAAGUUGAUCUACUAUCUUCUGUUGGACAGAAAGGAGCGCUACCCUAGUUAUGAAGAUGAACAUCUUCCACCCAGAAAUGAUGUUGAUCCUCCCCGUAAGCGGGUGGACUCGCCCAUGUUGACCCGUCAUGGGCGUUGUCGGCCGGAGAGAAAGAGUCUGGAGGUACUGAGUGUGACAGAGCAGGGCUCUCCGACACCUCCCCGCAGAGCACUGGAUACCUCUGCACAUAGCCAGAGGUCUCGGUCAGUUAGCGGAGCUUCAACCGGCCUCUCAUCCAGUCCCCUCAGCAGCCCUCGAAGCCCAGUUUUCACUUUCAGACAAAAUGAAGUCACAUCUGCUUCCACCACCCAGUCCAAAGACCCCAAAGCAGGAAGUUCCACCACAGCCCGGGCGUCCCAACGCGCACCUGACCAAAAAACCCAGACCCUACCCUCAAAAGCAGCCUCUGAGCGUCCCCACCUGCAGUCUAUGAAGUCCCUCCCCCUGCAGACUUCUCCGUCUCCUUCACCCUCCCCCUCUCCGCUACUGUCCCCCAUCCCUCGCUUCUUCUUCCCUGCUUCUUCUGUCCUGAAGUCUGUCACUAAGACCAUCUAUCCUAACUCUGCCCAUGUGUCGCAGGUCACCCCACAGGGCUCCCCACUCCCCACCCCUCUGGGGACUCCUGUGCACCAUCCCCAGCACCCCCCUCCCACCCCGCCCUCCUCCUCCUCCUCUUCUUCCUCCACACGAGCUGAAGGAGGUGGUGGUUCCAUGUCCUUAACCCCACCCUCCAGUCCUGGGGGAAGUGGUGGAAUGGCUGCCAGUAGUUCAGCCCACUGGAGGACACGCCUCAACUCCUUCAAGAACAACCUGCUGGGUUCGCCACGCUUCCACCGCCGAAGGCUACAGGUUCCUACGUCAGAAGAUAUGUCCAGUUUAACUCCAGAGUCCAGCCCAGAGCUGGCAAAGAAGUCGUGGUUUGGAAAUUUCAUCAGUCUGGAAAGGGAAGAGCAAAUUUUUGUGGUGAUCAGAGACAAGCCACUAAGCUCAAUCAAGGCUGACAUUGUCCACGCUUUCCUAUCGAUUCCCUCCCUGAGUCACAGUGUCAUCUCUCAGACAAGUUUCCGGGCGGAGUACAAGUCCUCCGGAGGUCCGUCUGUCUUCCAGAAGCCUGUCAAAUUUCAGGUUGACAUUGCCUUUUCUGAAGGAGAGAGAGAACGAGAGAGGGAGAAAGAGAGAGAAAGGGAGGGAAGGAGAGAGACUGGCAUCUACAGCGUCACCUUCACCCUGUUAUCAGGUCCUAGUCGCAGGUUUAAAAGAGUGGUAGAGACCAUUCAAGCUCAGCUUCUCAGUACACAUGACCAGCCCUCUGUGCAGGCGCUUACAGAUGAGAAAAAUGGGCUUUCAUCUCGCCCACCCAGCACACCGACCCGUCAGAACUCUCGUCGCUCGGAGGGCGGAGGUGAUCGUGGUGAGCGAUCAGAACGCGGCGAUCGAGGAGAAGCGAGCAGUAUUGGCGGUAGUGCGAGUGUACUACAAAGGAAGGGGUCUGGCAAGGAUAAAACUCGCCUCCUUUCCUCAAAUGGGACCCAGUCUCAGCCCUAACUGAACUAAUCAGACAAGCUUUUGAGCGGGUGGGGACAAUCCCCGCUCUUGAUUCUCUCCAGACACGACUCCCUCAUAGUCCAUCUGCACAGUACACAACAACAGGUAUACUCAGCCUUGAUUUUCACAUUACUAGCGGAAACCCUGGGAUCCAACUGCAACAAUAGGAGAGUCAGGAGUCUAUCCACAUGGAAGUGUUCUUACAUGCAAAUAAUCGUCUGAUGAAAAAAUUAUGAUAUCACUUAUCCUUCUUAGGAACAAAGGAUUUGAAAAGUGGAAGCAAGAUGUAUCGCUUAAUAUAAACCCCAGCUAUAAAUGAUUUCAUACAGUACAAACAAGGAGAUUGACAUACCGGUGAACAUCCAGUGAUCUAAUGGCAACAAACUAUUCAAGGAGGAACAAACACUAAGUGGGACAGGAAAGAAUGUCUCUAAAACUUAUCAUCAUCAUCAUCAUCAUCAUCAUAAGCAAUGAUCCAUCAGAAAAUCACUAAGAGCUGUUUGAGGUAGAGAAAAGCAAACAUGUCAGGAAAAAGUGGGAAGUUCUUCAUUCUUAACACCACUUGGAGCACAAAAAAAGGAUUUCUAGAACACUAUGUAAAGAAAAGAAUAGGGAUUUUUUUAGAACGGGAAUCUAUUUUGUAACCCAAGAUGCUACUAUAGUCCUAUGUGACUAUACCUUCAUGAUCUGAGUUCAGAUGACGCCUUUAGCAAGAUGUUAAGUGUUGAAGAUAUAGGCUAUGUUAAACACUGAUUGUUCAAGCUUGUGCUGUAGAUCUUGAACUCUGAUAUGUUGUAGAUCAAAUAUUCAGUCAGUGUCAGAUAUGCAGUGGAGAGCUGUCCACUGGAAGCUACAGUUGGCAAAAUUGGGCGGUUUUAAGUCACUGCAGGGCACAGAGGGAUGAGCAGGCAUCUAGAUUUCCAAUGACAUGUUCACACGGAGACCGAACAAGAGGAACAAAAUAGCCAGUUCCUCCUUGUGUCAUACAAAGAGACAGCGGGAGAAAAAAUUUAAAAGCCUUCACUGUUUUCUCAUGUGACUCCUGGUAGAACUUCCAUAAUAAGUGGAAGUCCACAAAAGUCUUUUUUUUGGUUUCUACUUCGAUAUUUAUAUUAUAUUUUAGAGCUGGGAUGUGAAAUAUUUCCGUCAACAAAAUGAAGUGAAUGUCAAAAAACAAAAAUAGAAAUAUUUA